AUGAAUGACCAAUACCCGGGGAACUCGGAAAAGAGGAAGAAGGCCAAGGAGAAGAAGAAGAACGACGAAGAAAUCAAAGAGGUUAAAGAGAUCAAUGAAGGAAUUAACUAUUCACUGAUAAAUGACUACCACGAUAGUAACUUCAAAAAAAAUUUCUACAUUAAGAGCAUACGAACCGAUGGCAACUGCCUGUUUAGGGCUGUAUCAGAUCAGCUGUACAACAAUGACGAUAACUACAAGGAGAUAAGGAAGCUAGUGGUGGAGCAUCUACUAAGGAACGAGGAGAAGUACCAGCACUUCAUCGAGUAUGAUGAAAGUUACAAGUCCUACAUAGAGAGAAUAAGUUUGGAUGGGACGUGGGGCGGCCAGCUGGAGCUUCAAGCAGUGGGCGAGCUGUUCACCGUGAACAUCCUGAUCUACCAAGAAAACGGAUGCAUCCUGGAGAUCAAAAAUCACAGCGAUGAUAAGAAGUGCAUCCAGUUGCAUUACGCUUCCAGUGAGCACUACAGCAGCGUGCGGUUUAAAAACAGGUCCCUGGAAAACCAGCUCAAGUCAAUCGUGGAGCUCCGCGAAAUACUAAACAACAAGGACGAUAACGAGUCCACCAAGACGUUUUACGAAACCACGGACAACGAGCUGACCGACGACAACGAAGAUGACCUGUCUGUCAAUAUCGGCAACGAAAAUAAUAACGUCGGAGAGUGGAUUGACGAGGAGUUCACAUUUAACAGCUCAAUGGAGGAGGACUAUCUACAGUAUGAAUACCCUCACGAGAACAAUCGAAGCAACAUUUUCCCCCUGAGUGAUGAUGAAACAGAGCCUUGCUUAUUCGACAUCCUGCAGAAUAUACAUAACGGUAUUAAAAGGAAAGGCGUCAGGAGUAGAAGCAUGCCAACUAUUAAUGAGAAAUUUCUUUAUUUCUUCGCCAAAAAUCAAGUCAAUGAGAGCAUGGACAGUGACAGCACCAUAGAUGUGCUGAAUGAGAAGAAGGGAUUCGAUAUGAGGAAGCCCAAAAAGAACGAAAAGAGGAAGUUGAAUUUUCUGAAGUAUAACUAUAUUGGUCAGAGGCCCGACGAUUUGCUGACCGAGUACGUGUCCGCCGCGGGGACGACAGGGACUCUUAUUGGGGCCUCAGGUGGCAGUGCCGCCGCCCCUAUCAGCGGGGAUGAGAACAAAACAAUCCGCAUCUGCUACAACAAGACGUUUUACAAAUACCUGUGCAUGUCCAAAAUGGUCGAAGUGGAGGAUAAGCAGCGGGAGGAGCAGGUGGGCAGGACGGUCGAUGUCCUCAACGGCCACUACGUGUGUGGCAAGGGGAGAGACGAGGCAUACAGAAGAGCGGCUCGGGGGAAAGAGGAACAAGCGAAAGAAGCACCAACGAAGGAAGCACCGACGAAGGAUGCACAAGCGAAAUCCUAUGAGAGAAACGAGGCCAACCGGAGUGGGUCCCCAACAGGACAGCCGCCUAUCCCCCUGAAUCGCUUGCACAGUGCAGGUAGACGGGGAUACAUUUCGAACUACGAAUUGGGGAACAACUUUAGCAGGGCAAAGAAAAAAGAGUUUAACGAUUUUUUAAAUCUUUACAGCGAAAAAAUUUCGUACAGCAGGAACUCCUUCUGCAAGAGUAUGUCCACCGACUGUAAGUCGAGUCAUGAGGCGGCUGGAGAGGGGCAUGCAGAGGGGGGUGGAGAGGGCAUGGCCCCGAUCAGUGAGCAAGCCAAUUCUGAGUACCUAAAUUAUGAAUACGACAGAAGCUUAUCGAUGAACGAGACAUCCAGCAGCAAUGAAGAAGUCACCGCUCCUUCAUUCUACUUCGAUAAGGACUCCACUAGCUUCGAAUUUCGACCCGAUGUGCAUGACAAGGGAGUUCAGGGAAAUUGUUUGGCAACAGGGGAUGAUGAGGCCAACAAAUGUGUCCUCCAUCAGAAUGAAGAAAGGAAGAAAAUCCUUUGGAAUUUUACGAGGAAGCCUCAGGACAUCCUUCACCUAAUAAUUGAUGAGGAGUAUGUCCUAAGCAUGGACAGCAAUUUGUUGUGUUCCCCUAUUAGCAAUAAGCACGUGGGGCGAGGAAGUUGGCAUAAGAAGAGGGGGGUCACCCAACAGCAGGAAGUACUAUCACAGAUGAGUGAACGGGGACGAGGCAAAGUAUCAUACCGUCUUGCCAGCCCUUGUGUGUUGAACUCGCGGGCGUCUUUUUCCGGUUCGAAGGCCCGAGGAGCGGGGACAACUAGCCAAAUUGGCGCCAAAGUUGGGGGCGACCACGAUAGGGCAGGGCGUGGGCCCAACUGCAGGAUUAGGAGGAGGAACCACGAAGGGGAUUGUCCUAGUGAGGGGCGCAGUGGAGACAUGCUCCCCCCCGAGGAGGCCUGA